AUGUCCUCUACUUCGCCGCCUCCGGAGCAAAGUGCUUCGCACUUGUCGGCUUUGCCACCGAUCCUCACGGAUGGAACCGUGAAGCGACCGACCUGUCAGCGAUCAUCGUCGUAUGCGAAGGACCGUCUAUCCACAUACUCGAAUGUUUCUUGUGCGUCGCAAAACCGUUCGCGUCCUGGGUCACAUGUCUUCCCGGUAUUUCACACCAGUUUGCCGUAUGCUCUUGUCCGAGAUUUUGCAUACCCGGCAAUCCAUCCUCUUCACUACGGGCCGCUACCACCUCGUGCAUCUGCCGUGUCAACACCAGCGAGUGAGCAUCGUCGUCUCUCGGACCCCCCUGCUCCGUGGGACAGUUCGCGAGGCCAGUGGUCAACAGGACCGUGGAGCACUGAAAAUAGCUAUGGACACCAACAACUUCCGGCAAUGUCCUUUGGUGACGGUCCCCCGUACAGCGAGGAUGAAGAUCUGCACAGCCCGGUAUUUACUGCACCUCGUCACCGGAAGAACAAGUCGACAGGAACAGACUUGAACUUGAACGGACGAAGAAACAAGGCCCGUAGCAUCGCACCUCCCGGCUACUUUACACCAGAAGUAGACCGUGGAACUUUGGUCAGCAUGAAUGCGGAUGGCAGUGAGACCUAUUAUGUCAAUGAUGAAGAUGCAAUGGAAGACGGUCCUGGCGGUGAGCUCGUAACGUAUUCCGCCGAUGAAAGCAGAUUCUCCCAUAUGGCUCCUGAAUCAUAUGACAACCAACAGGGUUAUGAACAAGACCCAGGGUUUGAAUCGGAAGAUGAAUUCACUGGUGAUCGGUAUUCUCGUGAUUUCCAAUUUGCAGUUGGGUGUCCGGAUGAGGAGAUGAACGGAAAAGCCGUCGCUCUUUUUGACUUCACCAGAGAGCAUGAGAACGAACUUCCGUUGACAGAGGGACAAGUCAUUUUCGUGUCAUACAGGCACGGUCAAGGUUGGCUGGUGGCCGAGGAUCCCAAGACCGGCGAGAGCGGUUUGGUCCCUGAGGAAUUCGUUCGUCUUCUUCGAGACAUCGAAGGGGGACUGACAUCUCUGAAUGGUGAUCCAAAUGCCGACAUGACGGGAAACAACACGCACCUUAGCCCGGAAUCAACAGAGUCGGAUCAAGUGAGCACACCAACUCAAAAUGACCAACUUCCGUUGGGUUCGAAUGGAAACUCUGCUCAUUCGGUAAACGGAGAGACGAGAGACAAUGAUCACCCUGUCGUUGUUUCCUCUGGCGGUGACGAGUCCAAUUCUAACACAUCACAUUUGCCGCAUUCUCAAAAUGAAUGGGAAAAAUACCACCGUUUUGACGAAAACAUGAUACCUGUGUCCUUGAUAUCAUGA